AUGGUAACAAGACAUAGAGUAGCCGUGCUGUAUGAUGCUCCUGAAGCUAUUGGAAGCCACAUGAGUCAGAAUGACACUCAUCUAACUGUUCGAGGUGGUCCUGGUGUGGUCUUACAACAGAGGUGGCUAUUGGAAAGGGUAGAAAGCUUAGACAAAUCUACCAAGAGGAUCACUUGGAGGCCCAGAGAGGACUUAGACAGAGAUCUAAGUGUUAUCGAGAAUGAAUUGAGCGCCGGGUUUUCGGUUUACUCGAAUUCAACUGACAUUCCAGGAAGAUUCAUUAGCACCCCAAUGUACAAUUCAUUCCACAGUGAGAACUUCGAUAUAGAGCAACAUUUGCUUCUUGAAGUGGAUCUGGAUUUGCCAUGGAAUCCGGAAUAUUUCACCUAUGAUAUAACAGUGGAACCUGCUCAAAUUCAAAUUGUUGAAUAUCGACCCUUGAAACAGGGUGAAGAAUUUACAGUUGGCAGAGUAAAGGACGAGAAACUUGAGGCAGGUGUGUUCUUCGUGGAUGCUAGUGAUGAAGUUGACGUUGAUAUCGGCGGAAUACGGUGUAAUUGGGGGAUGGAUGAUGGCAAGCUAGAACGAUGCCAAAAGACCUCUCUAUUAUACAAACAAGGCCAUAUUGCCUUCAACCGCUCAUCCCAAACGGCACCGUUAUACCUAGAACAACCCAUUGGGUUGCAUCCAAAGGUCUUGAUUGAUCUCACAGAAUUUGACGAACGCCCACAAUGUAUGUAUUUAAUGCACUUGCAACUACCGUUGGAAUUGUUUGUCGAUAAAUUUCAAGUUUCACCCUUACUACUCUUUGGUGAACACGAUUUAGAAUUACCACAAUACUCUCUUCAAGACAAAGCAUGGGGAUCCGAGAGCAUAUUUGAAUUAAAAGCAGGCACUGUAAAUGAAAUAACCUUGCAUUCUAGGUAUAUCAAACCGUCCAAUAACAGUGCGGGCAAAUUUGAAGUUUCAUUCAGUCCAGAGAUUAUACUAGCUUGCGAUACAGGUGACGAAAAAGUAGCCCGCAACCCAUUCUAUAAGAAGGGUUUAGGAUAUGAGUCUCUCUUCACGGACGACACUUCGUUCCGUCAUUUGAACACAACUACGCUUUCUGUGCCGAUCCCAAGACCUGAUAUGAAUGAUUAUUCCAAGAUAAAAUACGGCACUUUGUUGUGCCUACUCAUCUCUAUCGUGUACCUUCUCUCUAAGAUAUUUGGUAACAAUAAAAAAAAGGUGCCAGUUAAACAGGAAUAG